CAUUCUCAGAGCAUAAAUCGCAUUCUCUCAAAAUUCAAUUGUUAUCGUCUCUCAAAAUAGAAAUAUGACAGGCAAGAGAGGACCUAAUUGGCGUCCGAAUGAAGAUGAAAUCUUGUGCAGAGCUUGGGUGUCGAUAUAAGAAGAUGGAGUGGUUGGCACCAACCAGAAGUCUACAAGGUUGUGGGAAAGAGUGGCGGCAGAACAUCAAAAAUGGGAUCCUACUACAAUUCGUACUGCUAUUGCAAUGGAAUCCCGAAUGAGGAUUAUUUGCUAUCACUACAAUGCUUGGAAGGGAGUUUUGCAAAGAGCACAAAGACAUCAAUCGAGUGGCACAAAGACAUCAAUCGAAUGGGAACAAGACUUUUGAUUUUGAGCAUUGUUUCGACAUUCCUCGAAAUUUUCCAAAGUGGUACUCCAAUCCUGAACUGCUUGUUAGUCCCAUUCCACAUAUGGGGCAAGGUUCCCAAAGUUCUUCCACAGGUUUUGGUUCUCAAUCAUCUCCCGUGGAAGGCCUUGAUGACUUACCAGAUGAAGGAGCUACGCCUUUCGUGUUGACUCGCCCUGCAGGACGCGACAAACAAAAGGCAGCAAAGAAGAAAGGUAAUGUAGUUGCUGAAUCGUCAGACAUAUACACUACUCAACUGCUAGAGUUUGGUAAUGAUAUGAGAGAGAGGCAAAAGUCGAGGAUGGAGUAUGAAAACAGAAAAAUGAAUGUUCAAGAGAGGAGACUAGAGCAGGAGAAAGAGGAAUGGGCAUACAAGAGGCAAGUGAGGGAGCGUGAAGCGGAAAAGUGGGUUGUGGAGAAGAAAGAGAGGGAAGCUGGAAUACUUCAACAAAAUGUAGCUAUUCUAGAGAAGGAUUUGUCAAAGAUGACACCAAGAAAGAAGAGAUUUUGGAGGUGUAAACAAAAUGACAUUUAUGGGUACGAUCAAGAUGAUCCCAACUCUUAUCCAAGUGAUGGCGGAGAUGGAGAUGGCGAUGCAAGUGGUGGAGGAGAUGUCGAUGAAAGUGGUGGAGAAGAUGGCGAUCACUUUCUUGUCAUGGAUUAUUAAUUAGAAGAAGAUCCUAUUUGCACUCUAUUGUCUUUACAUCUUUAAUG